GAAAUCUGAAAUGAUCUCUAAUAUUUUUUGGCAGCAUCGUUUGACAAUUUCAGUUAUUGGUGUUUUACUAGUAUUUGCAGAAGUUGAUUAUUCAAGAUUUUUAAUUAUGGAGUUUCUUUCAACUUUCAAUGUUAGAGAUGUGAAUAUUUUCUUGAACUGUGGCAAAUUAAUUCAAUUAAAAGAUGCGAAAUUAGAGCGUAUUAUUUCGAAAAAUACUUUUCUAAUGAGUAGUUCUAAUGCGUUGAAAAUGCCAAUGACCGAUUUGUUCCCGAAAAGUUUUUUGAGAGAUGAUGACCGAUUAUUGUUUAAGGAAUAUAGAGAUGUGCUUUCGGAUAUUUUGAAAGAUGUAGAUGUCGACAAUAUCGUAAGAGAUUGUGGUUAUAAGAAUGAUACAGAAAAUAUUUUGAAUGCAGACGAUAUUGGUUGCAGCAAUGACAGUGUUUCUGACAAAAAUGAUAUCCAUAUAAUUAUAUGUCCCAACACUGACUUGACUGACGAGUUCAUAAAGCUGGUGUCAAUAUCGUGUUUUAGAAACCGAAAGAUUAAUCGAAAUUCCGUUGAAGACACUGAUCAAGAGAGCUUGCGUUUAGAUACAGAUGAUGAAUGUUCGGACUCGAACUCGGAGUCGGCGGAGUCUUCUGAUUCAACUGUUACUCUGGUCGAUAAACAUGCAGAGAUUGAUGUAGAUAGUCUAAUAAUGGAAGGAAACUUUAACGAAUGACAUAUAAAUAGAUAAAUUUAGGAUAUAAUUUUGAUUGCCAAAACUGUGGAAAAUUAUUUAAUUACAUCAUUUAAUUUAUAAAUUAUUACGACAGCUUUAGACUGGAGUUAAAAUUUGUAUUUUAAAAAUAAUUAUUUUAAUUAAGUAUACAAGUAUACACGAAAGUGAAGGAAAAAUAUGAAUACGAA